GUAAAGAUUCAUCCUGUGUUGGGCUCAAUUGAGCCCGAAAAACAUCAAUCAAUGAAAAACUUAAUAAAAUACAAAAAAAUUCUACUACGACGACGCGUUUAGAGUGCAGAGGAGCUGAGGAAGAUGUGCCUUUUGUUUUGUUCAUCUUCUUCCUUUUUCUCCGAUCCUGUUCUUCCUCCAUCCUGUUAGUUAGGGUUUGCAGAGUUGCAAUUUCCCUUUGAGUUGUGCACGCUCACUGUUCCCACUUCCCAAUAUCAGGCCCCUAUGAUGAGAUGCUCCGUUGUUUAGACUGGUAUUUGAUUUGUUUCGACGGGACAUUGGAAUCUUGAAGUACUUCCGUAUUCUGUGGUUUGGGUAAUUCGCCAAAUCGAAGAUUGCAACCGUCUGGCUUUUGUUCCUCUGGUGGCUGGUGCUGCUGCUUGAAUGAUGUUUCACCCUGGAGGAAUUCCUAAACAAACUUGUAGUCUACUUGCUGUCACAUGUGGCAAAAGCGUUGAGCAUGAGUUCGAGAAGAAACCCACUAAGAAUCAGCUCAAAUAUCCUUUUCCCGAGUUAACUUCUUCAGGGCGUCUGGAGCCUUUAAUGCAGAUUCAAACUCUAAAAAAUCCAGAAAAAGAACAGUUUCGAAAAGUUCUCGAGUCUUAUCAACCAAAUUUUGUAUAUUUGCAAGGAGAACAGCUUGCUAAUGGUGAAGUUGGUUCUUUGGUCUGGCAAGGCGAAGAAUUGGCCACCUCUGAAGCUAUAUUAGAGCUCUUUGAUCCCACAUUGCCAACAGCUGUGUACUUGGAAAUCCCAAAUGGGGAAAAAUUGGCAGAAGCUCUUCAUCUUAAGGGAGUUGCAUAUGUGAUUUAUUGGAAAAAUGCUUUUUCUUGUUAUGCUGCUUGCCAUUUUCGUCAAGCAUUUCUUUCAGUGGUGCAGAGCUCUUCUACGCAUACGUGGGAUGCCUUUCAUCUUGCCCGUGCUUCUUUUGAGUUUUACUGUGUUCAAAACAAUCAAGUCCUUCCCGGUGAGAAACAUGAUUCUAGUGACAAUGUAGGGCCACACCUUCUUGGAGACUGUCUUCAGAUCAAUGUUGACCCUCCUGAGGUGUGUGAAGAUGAUGAGGAAAGUUCCUCAGGCAGUCUUCCUGCUAUAAAGAUACAUGAUGAUGAAGUGAACUUGAGAUUUCUCAUCUGUGGUGCGCCUUCCAUUGUGGAUGAGUCACUGUUGAGAUCAUUGGAGGAUGGACUCAAAUCACUCUUAAUCAUUGAAAUACGGGGGAGCAAGCUCCAUGGCAAGUUUAGUGCUCCCCCACCACCUCUUCAAGCAGCCACUUUUUCUCGAGGAGUUGUUACCAUGCGAUGUGAUAUAUCAACCUGUAGUUCAGCCCAUAUCUCACUUCUGGUGUCUGGUAGUGCUCAAACGUGCUUCAAUGAUCAGUUAUUGGAGAAUCAUAUAAAAAAUGAGAUAAUUGAGAAGAAUCAACUAGUUCAUGCCCAAAUUGAUGAGGGAAACAAACAGCAUGUCUCUGAACCUCGUAGAUCUGCCUCAAUUGCUUGUGGAGCAGCUGUAUUUGAAGUUUGCUUGAAGCUUCCUCUAUGGGCUUCGCAGGUUUUGCGACAGCUAGCUCCAAAUGUUACUUAUCGAAGUUUAGUUGUACUUGGGAUUGCUAGCAUUCAGGGGUUGCCUAUUGCUUCAUUUGGGGAAGAUGAUGCUGAGCGCCUUCUUUUCUUUUAUCAAAGUCAAGGGAAAGAUAGUGGUGGAGGCAAAAUCAUUUUCAGCAGCCCCCCUGGUUGGUUGAAACCACCCCCUCCUACUAGAAAAAGGUAUGAGCCAAGUCAAGAGGCAAGCCCUGGCCUUCAAGAUGGUGUUUUAACUGGGCAAAGUACUAUUCAAAGAAUAGAUGAAGAGGAAAAGGAUACAAGAAUGGUGAAUGGAAUUGGCACAUCCUUAACUCCAGCUAGGCAGAGAUUAAAAGUGUCUGCAAUGAGGCCCAUCCCUCAUGUUCAUCGCCAUAGAAUGACACUCUUUUCUGGACCUUCUGAGACAGAUGGUUAUGAUGGUGCCCAAGUUGAAGCUAGUUUACCAGUUGUUGUCCCUGCAAAGCGCAGUACUACUGGUUCAAGUUCUGCAACACAGAGAAGGUCAUUUUCAGGCUCAGCUCAGUCUAAACAGAUUAUUUCCUUGAACCCACUGCCCUUGAAAAAACAUGGUUGUGGCAGAGGCCCGAUCCAAACUUGCUCUGAGGAGGAAUUUUUGAAAGAUGUCAUGGAGUUUCUAAUGCUUCGAGGACAUAGUCGAUUAAUCCCUCAAGGAGGGCUUGCUGAGUUUCCUGAUGCCAUACUCAAUGGGAAACGACUUGAUCUCUACAACUUGUAUAAAGAGGUGGUUACCAGGGGAGGAUUCCAUGUUGGCAAUGGCAUCAAUUGGAAAGGGCAAAUCUUCUCAAAGAUGCGCAAUUACACAACCACCAAUAGAAUGACUGGCGUUGGAAAUACACUCAAAAGGCAUUAUGAAACUUACCUUCUCGAAUAUGAGUUAGCUCAUGAUGAUGUUGAUGGGGAGUGCUGCUUGUUGUGUCACAGUAGUGCUGCCGGGGAUUGGGUGAAUUGUGGCAUAUGUGGCGAGUGGGCCCACUUUGGCUGUGACAGACGUCAAGGUCUUGGUGCAUUUAAGGAUUAUGCAAAAACAGAUGGUCUAGAAUAUAUUUGUCCUCAUUGUAGCAUUACAAAUUUCAAGAAGAAACCCUCAGGUGUUGCUAAUGGGUUUUCUCAGGGGUCAAUGGCAUCAAAACUCCUUUGAUAUAGUUCGGUCUCUCCCUUCCUCCAUUAACAAGCCAUGCUAGUUCCUUCUUGUGUUGGAAUCAUCUGUAACCAUUAUGUUCUAUAUAGAUUAUAGGAUUUUAGGGGCAAAAGUGAGAAUUAGGUCUUAAUUCUUAAGAAAUACUGAUUUCACUAGGAAUAGGCUCUCCUCCCCCUCCCACAUCCCUACCUCCAAUCAUUAUUGUUAUUUUUUGGUCCUUAGAUUUGAAGUUCAUAUUAUUGAACUUCAACGGCUUUUGCAUCCCAUCAAGGGCUCCAAUAUGAUUAAGGACAUGAGGUCUCUGUUCGCGGAUUUGCUGACAUUUUGUAAUAUAAUCAUGUAACGAAUGACAAGUCUUAUUCUACUUUAUAACAGACUUGUGCAUAUUCAGUAUA